AUGGCGGCGGCAGCGGUGGUGAUUGCAGCUUCAGUUCUGAUGGGUUGCAUCAACAUGGGGGAAGCAUGGAACGCCGGCGGGGAUGAAGGGGUUAUCCACGUGGGUGGGAGGGUACUGUGCCAGGACUGCACCAAGUCUUGGAACCAUUGGCUUCAUCCUUCCAACCCUAUUCAAGGAAGCAAGGUGUCAAUCACAUGCAUGGACGAGAGAAGAAGAGUCACGUACUACGGAAGCGACGAAACAGAUAAAGAAGGCGAAUUCAACAUGGUGAUUCCCAAGUACGUGAAGGGGAAGGAAGUGAAAGAGAGAGGGUGCAAGGUGAGGGUGGUGUCGUCGCCGGACCCCGCCUGCAACAUCCCCACCGACUUCGCCGGCGGAAGGUCGGGAGUGAAUCUGGGCACGCCCUCCAUCGUGUACCGACAUAAGAUCAAGCACACGAUGGGACCGUUUUACUACACAACUCCCAUGUGCGAGGAACCUGAGACUGGCGAAUCUAAUUGA